GCGCGAGUCCAGGCAGCUUCUCCUCUCAGCUCAGAGAACCGCAGAGAAGAUGGCGGCGCUACGAGUCGUGGUGCUAUCGGGGAGUGGGAGAGCCCUCCUCAGCACACCGAAAACUAUCAAGACCCCCGUGGCCAACAUGUCCUUCGCCAGUCUGCCUCGAAACAAGAAGGUUGCCCUGACAACACUAGGUGUGGUCACAGCCGGCGGGGCGGGGCUCGCUCUGAUGCUGCACCAGUCCGUUAAAGCCUCCGACCUGGAGCUCCACCCUCCUCAUUAUCCCUGGAGCCAUGCUGGACCUCUGUCCUCUCUGGACCACGCUAGUAUUCGCCGUGGUUAUCAGGUGUAUAAACAGGUGUGUUCAGCGUGCCACAGUAUGGAGUACCUGGCCUUCAGAAACCUCGUCGGAGUGUCGCACACAGAAGCCGAGGUCAAGACCAUCGCUGAGGAGGUUGAGGUUGUUGACGGACCCGAUGAGAGUGGCGAGAUGUUCACUCGGCCAGGAAAGCUGUCAGACUACUUCCCAAAACCCUACCCCAACCCCGAGGCUGCUCGAGUCGCCAACAACGGAGCCCUGCCUCCGGACCUCAGCUACAUCGUCAACGCCAGACAUGGAGGAGAGGACUACGUGUUCAGCCUGCUGACAGGAUACUGCGAACCUCCAGCAGGAGUGACGGUGAGAGAGGGACUCUACUACAACCCAUACUUCCCUGGCCAGGCUAUCGGCAUGGCUCCGCCCAUCUAUAACGAGAUCCUGGAGUAUGAUGACGGAACUCCUGCCACCAUGAGCCAGGUUGCUAAAGACGUGUGUACGUUUUUGAGGUGGGCUGCCGAGCCAGAGCACGACCAACGCAAACGCAUGGGACUGAAGCUGCUGCUGGGCACCGGCAUCCUCAUCCCUCUGCUGUACUACAUGAAGAGACACAGGUGGUCCGUGCUGAAGAGCAGAAAGAUCGCCUAUAAGCCUCCCAAGUAAACUGAAUCAAACACCCCCACCUGGGCCUAAAACCUUCACAGAGGGCUGCGUUCAACAACACCACAGCGCUCACCUCACAAUGACCAUAUGGACAAAGAACAACUGGCAAACACACACAUGCCUUUCUAAGAGGGGUAUGGAGAUGAGAGUAUAUAUAUAAUGUUUAUUCCUACAGGAGAAUGCCUGUUUUUAGUUGUUGGCGUGUUAGAACCGAACGUGACAGAUUUUUCUUUAUCUGGAAUAAUGUGGUGGAAGUGUGUCAGAGUUGUGGCGUUCUUGAACGCACCCUCCACAAAGUUUGUUUGAUUUCAGGUUUGACAUCUCGUAUCAGAAACUUUGUCGAAAUCGACCGAGACGUCGAUUGACUGCCCAUCUUUGUAAAAUAUUCAAUAAUCACACAAACGCUGAGAAAUGGUUGCCGUUAAAGUUCGUAACAUCAGUUUGUAACAUCACCCUGAGUGCGUGUUAAUCCAUCCUCCCCUGCCCUCGCCACUCAGUGGAUGCAACGCAACCUCUGAACCUCUGUUUUACUGUACAAAAUAAAUUAUCUUAAUGGGAAA